CAAGCCUACUCCUCAUACUUAAUAUAUCCUGCCUAUAGAUUUGAAAAAGUAAUGGAUACCAUAGCAAGAAAAUGGAGAGAUCUAAGUGGCCAAAGUAACUGGAAAGGUCUGCUAGACCCUCUAGACACAGACCUUCGUCGUUACAUAAUACACUAUGGACAACUUGCUCAAGCUGCAUAUGAUGCUUUCAACACAGAAAAGGCAUCUAAGUGUGCUGGAAACAGUAGAUAUGCGAUGAGUGAUUUCUUUUCCAAGGUUGGUUUGGAAAAUGGGAAUUGUUUCAAGUAUGUUGUGACUAAGUUCCUAUAUGCAACUUGCAAAGCUGGUGCCUCUGAAUCCUUUAUCUUGAAGUCUUUUAACAAGGAUGCUUGGAGCCAGGAAUCAAAUUGGAUAGGGUAUGUUGCUGUGGCCACUGAUGAAGGGAAAGCAGCAUUAGGGAGGAGGGACAUAGUGGUUGCUUGGAGAGGAACAAUUAAUGCCGCAGAAUGGGUUCAAGAUUUACAUUUCCAUUUGGAUUCUGCGCCACUGAUAUUUGAUGAUGCUCGUGCCAAAGUACACCAUGGUUUUUACUCCGUUUACACCUCAAAUAAACCAGGUUCAGAAUUCAAUGAUACAUGCGUUAGACAUCAGGUCCUGGAGGAGGUUAGAAGACUUGUGGAGGAAUAUAAUAGAAAGAAUGAAGAAAUUAGCAUAACUGUGAUAGGGCACAGCUUGGGUGCUGCACUAGCGACUAUAAAUGCAGUGGACAUAGUUGCCAAAGGGUUGAACAUACCGAAAGACCAGCCUGAGAAAGCAUGUUCAGUCACAACAUUUGUAUUCGCUAGUCCUCGUGUUGGAAACUCUCACUUUGCGAAGAUCUUCACUGGGCACAAGCAUCUGCGAGCAUUGCGUAUUCGCAAUGAAACAGAUGUUGUUCCAAAACUUCCACUUAAGCAUUUGUUUUUUCUGGAUGGAUUUUCGGAUGUGGGGGAAGAGUUGGUGAUCGACACUACGAAAUCAAAGUACUUGAAGAAGGAGGUCAGUGCUCAUAACUUGGAGGUUUACUUGCACGGAGUUGCUGGAACACAAGGGAAAAAUGGAGAAAUAUUCGAUUUGGAUGAGAGUCUUCGUGAUAUUGCGCUUCUGAACAAGAGCAAGGAUGCUUUGAAAGAUGAAUAUCAUUGUCCCGUGGCAUGGAGGGUUCACGAGAACAAGGGUAUGGUUCAACAAAAGGAUGGUACUUGGAAGCUUAUGGAUCAUAACAAGGAUGGUAUUCUAUUCUUACACGCUAGAUUAUAGGUUGAUUUAUAAACAAUAUUAAAGAUUGAGUGUAUUAUGUUGUUCUGUUCUGUGUGCUAAUAACCUCUUUGCUAGUGUUGUUACUCUAAUACGUACCCACACACAAACAUAUGUCUAUGUUUUUUAAGGGGUGAUGUGAUGUGAAAUAAAGUUUCAAUGAAACAAGUAUUUGUAAACCCUAUAUGAUAUCUCUCCUUCAUUUUAUCUUUCU